GUUCGUACGACGAUAUACCUAGCUAGCAGCGCGCGAGCUUUUGAUUAUCGUAAUAUAACCGCAGGUGCGAGCUGUGCAGAGCCCCCCGCCGCGAGCGCGCGAGCACACGCUUUCGGCAAAAGUAGCUUGUUCGGCAGAAAAAAAAGAAACAAAACGAGAGGAGUAUAAAACAAAAAUAACGAACGUUGACAAGUAUAUAGAGCUCGACGUAGUAUAUGCAACGUAUUUGAAAGUGCAAUGACGACGAACUUUUAAUUGGGUGCCCGAAACACAAUCACACACACACGAGCUGCGAGUGAUUUGAUCGACGCGGCUGCAGCAGGAUCAUUUUAAUUUUGGUCGGCGGAAAAUAUUAUUGAGGUUUUGAAGUACGAGCGACGGUGCCGAGACUGGCCCGUCUUCGACGCCGGCUCAUGACGACACGCCGGGACACGUGGUCGUCGCUGCUGGUGCUCCUCGUCCUGCUGGCCUCGCACGUGAUAGAUAUCCAGGCCCGACACCACCACAAACUGAGACAUGGCAGGCACAGGCGUCAACACGGCGAAUCGUACGCACCGGAAAAUUUCAUCCUAGAGAGCGAGGAGCAGGAGAGCGGCAACUGGGGCCCGUGGUCUCAUCCAAGCCCCUGCUCGAGGAACUGCGGCGGCGGUGUGCAGUACCAGACUCGCACUUGUCUCGACAAAGAUGACAAUGACAACGAGCGGUGCACGGGAGCGAAAAAACGAUUCUUCUCCUGUAACAUCCAGGCUUGCCCAAAUGAUAGGCCAGGAGAAAAAAAGGAUUUCCGAGCCGAGCAGUGCGCGGAGUUCAAUUCUAAACCUUUCGAGGGAGUGUAUUACGAGUGGAUACCCUAUACCGGAGGACCUAACAAGUGCGAGCUUAAUUGCAUGCCACGGGGUGAAAGAUUUUUCUACAGACAUCGAGAUACCGUGAUCGAUGGCACACCUUGCGACAUCGAGAAAAAUGACGUCUGCGUCGAAGGAAAAUGUAUGCCGGUGGGAUGCGACAUGAUGCUGGGCAGCCAAGCUCGAGAAGAUGCGUGCCGUGAAUGCGGUGGCGACGGCAAAGACUGUAACACCGUCAAAGGCCUCUUCGACACGAAUGACUUGCAAGUUGGUUACGUCGAUAUCCUCUUGAUACCCGAAGGAGCGACCAACGUUGUUGUCAAAGAGAUUAAACCUUCCAACAAUUACCUUGCCAUACGAAAUACCACCGGCCACUACUAUUUGAAUGGUAACUGGAGGAUAGACUUCCCACGCAGUCUGCGCUUCGCCGGUACGAUUUUCCAUUAUAGCCGAGACCCGCAGGGAUUUUCGGCGCCCGACAUGGUAACGGCACAAGGCCCGACCACCGAAGCCAUAUAUAUUCUGCUUCUCUAUCAAGAUCAUAACGUUGGAGUCGAAUAUCAAUACAGUAUUCCCAAGAAAUUUUCUCAACAAACCGAUGGUGACAUUUACUCGUGGGUCGCCCAAGAGUUUUCCGAGUGCAGCACAACCUGUGGAGGAGGACACCAAACGCGCAAGGUCAGCUGCGUUAAGCGGCGCACGAAUCAGCAAGUCGACACGAAGCUCUGCGACCCGAAUCUCGAGCCGUCGGACACGCAGACUUGCGGCACCGGGCCGUGCGAGCCGCAGUGGACAGAGAGCGAAUGGAGUAAUUGCACCAAACAAUGCGGCGAGGGCGGAGAGCAGACGCGCACCAUACGCUGCGAGCAGAUUGUCCAAGGUGGCGUGCCCACUGUAGUCGACGAUUCUCAGUGCUUGCAGACUCUCGGCCCGAAAGGAGAAACCAAACGAGAGUGCAACAAAGGCAACGAUUGUCCUCUGUUUCACGUUGGACCCUGGAAGCCUUGUGACCACUUGUGCGGACCAGGUAAACAAACAAGAAAAGUCGUAUGCUACAGAAAGGACGAUAAAGGAAAAAUUCAAGUGCUGGACGAUUCGGCUUGCGAGGGAGAACUUCCCGAGAAAGAGAAAACUUGCGAAUUGAGACCUUGCGAAGGAGUUGAAUGGGUCGUAUCUCCAUGGAGUGGCUGCAGCGAAAAGUGCGGCCUUACGCAAGAAACCAGAACCGUUCAAUGCUCGACGGAAACUGGUACCGUCUAUCCCGAUUCGAUGUGCGAUAGUGCAAAGAAGCCCAACGCAACGAGGGAGUGCGAAACUUCGAAAGACUGCGAAUACCAGUGGAUUAAAACUCAGUGGAGCAAAUGUUCGGCGGAUUGCGGUACAGGAGUGCAAACCCGUAAAGUAUUUUGCGCUACGUUCGAAGAUGAAAAUACCAUGAAAAAAGUACCCGAUGAGAAGUGCGAUACCGAACAGAAGUUCAAUGUAACGAGGGAGUGCACUAGCAAGGACGAAUCUUGCAAGGGAGAGUGGUUCACCGGACCGUGGAGCGCGUGCUCGAAACCUUGCGGAGGUGGUGAAGCGACGCGGAAAGUUGUCUGCGUUAAAGAUAAUAAGGUAGUGUUGUCUGACGAGUGUAACUAUCAAUCAGUCAUGCAAGACACUGAACCAUGCAACGUGCAAGCAUGUGAACAAGAUGAAGUAAUAUCUGUGGACCCAGAAAAAGUGACAGCUUUGAUGGAAGACGUAGAAGAGCUUGAAGAGUGCGAAGAUGAAGAUGAUGAAGGCUACGUUACUGUUCAUCCCACAUUCGAUUAUGAGGAUGAGGAUUCACUGGCAGAGGCAGAAGGAGAAGGAACGGAAUCUUCGUCGAUGAGUUCUGACAGUGGAACCGACUUUACAGAUUCAAGUAAAAUGAGCUCAGACGAUGAAAUGAUGUUCAGUGACGAUCCAAAUCGCGGUGAUACACCACUGCCAUUUAGCACUGACAGUGGUAGUGGCACAGGCAGUGACGAAGAGGUAUCUAUUUUCGCUACUUCGUCAGGAUUCGAAGGUAGUGGCACAGAAGAUAUGUCCACCACUAUCAUUUUCGGUUCUACUGACGGAAUGGAUGUGUCCGGAACCACCGAAGCUGUCGACGGCUCCACUACCACUUCACCAGUUGGAUCUGAAUCUGGCGUGACGGAUGGUGCAUCAGCAGAAACAACCACUGUAGGUACCUCAGAUUCCACAACUGAAGCCCCAGUAAGUGGAACAACAGAAAUACCUAGCGAGGUAUCGACAGAAUCUUCAGGAAGUACAGACGCAACCACAGUUAACUCGUCGGAUCAAAGUACUGAUGCCCCCGCUAGUUCAGAAUCUUCAACAUCAGAAAUGCCUGAUACAACGCCUGAUACCACUGAGAGUCCACAAUCUUCCACAGAUAGUUCGAUAGAGUCUAGCACAGUAUCAAGUGAUGUCUCUGGAACAACGCUGAGCGUAUCUGAAUCUGAUUCGAGCACAGAAUCAAGUGGCGCUACAACUGAAGCUGGAACCACUGAAGCAAAUGCCGCUGGAACUACCGAAAGCUCAACGGAAGGUGCUAGUAACACCGACUCAAGCAAUACUGCUGAAAUGACAACAUCGGCAUCAGUCGACUCGUCUACUAUCGUCAGUGGAGAAACUCAAGAUGUAACAACCACCGAAUCAGGAACCACCGAAAGCGGUUUCGAAACGAGAAUAUCUGUAGACAGUUCGGAAACAACCGAAUCAUCGGAAAGCAGCGAAUCCGGUAUGACAACUGAAUCUGGCAUGACAACUGAAUCGGGUAUGACAACCGAGUCUGGAGAAUCUAUGGGUACCGAUGAAACUACUAUCAGCGGUGCAUCUGAGACGACUCCUUCAGGUGUAUCUACAGCAACUGAAACUUCCGAUAUUAUCGACAUCUUCACGACUGUCGAUCCCGUAAUGAAAGCCAUCACAGACGAACACAAGAUCAAAAAGUGCAAACCUAAAAAGAAAGUCGAGUGCAAAACUACGGAAUUCGGCUGUUGUUACGAUGGCGUUACUCCAGCUAAAGGUCCUUACUCCGCUGGCUGCCCAACAGCCCAGACAUGUAAGGAAACUAAACACGGUUGCUGCCCCGAUGGUGUAUCAGUCGCUACAGGACCAAAGAACAAAGGUUGCCCAGAUCAGCAUUGUCAAGAAACUCUAUUUGGCUGUUGCCAAGAUGGUGUCACACCAGCCGAAGGCAAUGACUUCGAAGGAUGCAAAAAACCAUGCAGCGAAACUGAAUUUGGCUGCUGUCCCGACAAAGAAACACCAGCCAGUGGAAAGAACUUAUUGGGAUGUUGCAAUACCACCAAAUUCGGAUGCUGUCCUGAUCAAAUUCACGCUGCCAAAGGUCCCGAUCUUAAAGGUUGCAGAAAAACUCAAGUCAUCGACUGCGCCAAAACAACUCACGGCUGCUGCCCCGAUGGUCAAAGAGCUGCCAAUGGCACCAACUUCGCCGGUUGCGGCGUUAUCGAUACCAAAAAUUGCACAAAAUCCUACUUCGGAUGUUGUCCCGACAACGUCACGGCCGCAUUGGGACCAAGGGGCACUGGUUGCCAGAAAUCUUGCGACAACUCAACUUACGGUUGCUGCGAAGAUGGACAAACACCGGCUCACGGACCUAAUCAAGAGGGAUGUUGCUUGUCGAGUCCAUUUGGCUGCUGUCCCGACAGCGUAUCGCCAGCUCGCGGUCCCGACUUCUACGGCUGCGGCUGCCAUUACUCCAAAUUCGGUUGCUGUCCAGAUAAUUCUACGACAGCCAGAGGACCGAACAAGGAGGGUUGUGGCUGUCAGUUCACCGAGCAUGGCUGUUGUCCAAACAGAUUCACACCAGCUACUGGACCCAACUACGAGGGGUGCAAGUGCUAUACUUAUCAAUUUGGCUGCUGUCCCGAUGGAGUCACUACUGCUAGAGGACCCAACGGUCAAGGAUGUGGUUGCGAAAAUACCGAAUUCAGGUGCUGCUCCGAUGGUCGCACCCCCGCUCAAGGUCCCAACUUCGCUGGCUGCACUUGCGACGCUUCCAGAUACGGUUGCUGUCCAGAUGGCGUGGAAGAGGCUCAAGGCAAGAACUUCGAGGGCUGCGUCAAGGUGCCAUCGAAUCCUGGCGCCGCUUGUGGAUUACCACGAGACCGAGGCACGUGUCGCGACUUCACAGUCAAGUGGUUCUACGACACCGAGUACGGAGGUUGCUCCCGCUUCUGGUACGGAGGUUGCGAGGGUAACGACAACAGAUUCAAGACUCAAGAGGAAUGUAAGGCGAUUUGCGUGGAGCCUAAAGGAAAAGAUGUGUGCAACUUGCCCAAGAUCACUGGUCCAUGCGAAGGAUACUAUCCAAUGUGGUAUUACGACGCCGAAAGGAGACAGUGCGGUCAGUUUAUACAUUCGGGCUGUCUUGGUAAUGCCAACAAAUUCCAGACUCGCGAAGAAUGUGAAAAUCUGUGCGCCGAACCACAUGACGCCGAUCCUUGCUCUUUGCCCAAAGAAACUGGACCUUGCGAAGGUAAUUUCACACGUUGGUACUUCAACAAAGAAUCGCAAAAUUGCGAAACUUUCAAAUACGGUGGUUGCAAGGCCAACAGCAAUAACUACCCAAGCGAAUCUGCUUGUAAAAAUCAAUGCUUACAACCAGGACGUAGUCGAGAAUCUUGCUCACUGCCACGCAACGAAGGUAAUUGCACUGGCAAAUACUCAAAUUGGUACUUUGAUCAGCAAGAGAACCGAUGCAUGCCAUUCUAUUACACUGGAUGCGGCGGCAAUAAAAAUAACUUUGCCUCCAGAGAGGCUUGCGAGGCUGAUUGUCCUGGCAAGAUCGAACAAGACGUCUGCCUUCUGCCGGCGUUACUGGGCGAGUGUCACAACUACACGCAGCACUGGUACUUUGAUUCUUUCGAGCAGAAAUGCCGACAAUUCUAUUAUGGCGGCUGCGGCGGCAACGGCAACAACUUCCAGACCGAAGGCGAAUGCAUCAACAGAUGCGAGCGGCCCGUGCAGACACCCACUCAGACGCACCACGUCGAAUUCCAAUCAGAUUUCUGCUUCUUGCCGGAGCAACGCGGCGCCUGCCAAAGCUAUCAGAACAAAUGGUUCUACGACAGUCGCGAGGGCAUUUGCAAACAGUUCGUGUACGGCGGCUGCGACAGCAACGGAAAUAACUUCGACUCGAGGGAGGAAUGCGAGUACCGCUGCGGAGAGGUCCAAGAUCCGUGCACGAUGCCCGUACUCGUUGGACCCUGCAACGGAACGGUGCCCGCCUUCUACUACGACCACCGCACGGACCUGUGCUACGAGUUCGACUACAGCGGCUGCCAGGGCAACAAGAAUCGCUUCGUCGAUCAGGACUCGUGCGAGCAGCGCUGCCAGAAGCGCCCGGCCGAGCGUCAGCCGCAGAGGCCCCACUACCAGCAACCGACAGGCACCGACAACACCAGCAUCAACAGUCUGCGGCCCGAUCAUCCGGAGGCGCUCAGCCCGUCGUGCCUCGAGCACGUCGACGCCGGGCCCUGCGACGGCGACGUGCACGCCUACUUCUACGACGCCGACAAGGCCAGGUGCCAGGCCUUCAUCUACGGCGGCUGCGAAGGCAACGCCAACAGGUACAGCAGCGAGGAGCAGUGCGAGAGGCUCUGCGGCACUUUCCGCAAUCAAGACAUCUGUCAUCUUCCGGCCGACCAGGGACCUUGUCGCGGAUCCUUCGCCAAAUUUUACUUCGACUCGAACUCAGGUGUUUGCCGCGAGUUCUAUUACGGCGGCUGCGACGGAAAUGCUAAUCGCUUUAGUUCUCGCAACGAGUGCGAAUCCGUUUGCAUUCAUCACGAGGAGCCCGCGCAAUCUGGCAACAAAACGGCUGUCGGCGAAAUAACGAUAUGCAGAGAGCCGGUUGACAGUGGAUCUUGCUCUGCUGGAAAUUACAAGAGGUUCUAUUACGAUGACGAGUAUCAGACGUGCAGGGCGUUUAUUUACACUGGUUGUGGUGGAAAUCGUAACAACUUCAAAACUGUCGAGUCUUGUCUUAGAGUUUGUAGUCAAAUCAACUCGAUCCCCGACGAUACCCAGGACAAAGAGAACCCGUGCGCCGAAGCCAUCGAGCACUGCCGCCAGCUCCAGUGCGCCUACGGCCAAGAGAAUUACGUCGAUCGCGAAAAUUGUCAACGAUGCCGCUGCUACGAGCCCUGCCAGUACGUCUCGUGCCCCGAGGGCAGCAAGUGCGCCGUCACCAUCGUCAGCACCGAAGAGGGCAACGAAUACAGGGGCGUGUGCAACCCCAUCACGAAACCAGGCCGAUGCCCGCAAGUGUCGAACAGCACCUACUGCGAUCAGGAGUGCUACACCGACGCCGACUGUUACGGCGAUCAGAAGUGCUGCAGCAGUGGCUGCGGCACUUCGUGCUUGAAUCCGGCCACCGAGGUCGACUAUCAUCAGACCACCGAGUCCAACAGGAUAGAGCAGGAGGUCGUGCCACCGGGCGCGGUGCAGGCUCAAAUUCAGCAGCCGGCCUCGCCGAACGUCAGCGGCGAGGAGGGCGGAUACGUCACGAUGAAUUGCGUCGUCAUUGGCUAUCCCAGGCCCGUCAUCAUCUGGAGAAAGGACGCCAAACAGAUUGGCUCGAACGAAAAUAGACGCAGAAUUCUGGACGAUGGAUCUCUGCAAAUUAUCAAUUUGUACCCGUACGACAAGGGUGUGUACGUAUGCACAGCCGAUAACGGAAUUGGUGCUCCGGCGAGAAUAGAAUAUACAUUAGACAUCACGGAGCCGCACGAGAACCCGCCGAACAUAAUCGACGAGCCGAAUCGGGCGCUGACCGUGAAUCUGAUGUCGCCCUCGGUUCUGCACUGCUACGUGGUCGGCUGGCCGAGGCCCACCGUCUCCUGGUGGCGCAACGACAGCAUGCUGCCCCUCAUGUCGGAGCAGUACGAGCAGGGCUCGGACAACACGCUGCUCAUCCGCUCGGUCAGUCUGAGCAAUCUCGGCGUCUACACCUGUCACGCGUACAACGGCGUGGGCAAGCCCGCGACCUGGUCCAUGACGCUGCAGGCGGUGGGGCCCGUGGCCAACGUCAAGCCCGACCAGGAGAAGUACACGCAGUACCUGGUGCAGCCGCCGCACAGGCCCGAGCCGCCCUCGUAUCCCUACAGGCCCAGCAGGAACGACACCCGCGACAAUCAGACUCUGUACGCGCCACUGUCGACCACCAGAAAUUACGGCAACGUGCCGGCUGUGAUACCGAUCGAGGCCACCACGCCCAGGCCUCGCUACCCAGUACCGUUGCAAGUCAACAUAUCCAGCUCGCAAGUUCAAUUCCCCGAGAAUGGACCGAUAUCACUGAAAUGCAGCGUAACUGGAUCGCCCGAGCCACGAGUCAUUUGGUACAAAAAUAACAUUCCUAUUUACGAGGACGACAGAACCAGAAUUUCCCGUACGAACGAAUUAUACAUUUCGCCAGCCAAUGCCAACGACACUGGAAAAUAUCGCUGCGAGGCGGAUAAUCAAUAUUAUCAAGCAUCGGACGAAAUCGAUAUUCGUGUAGCAGGUGUCUACAUCGACCCGAACUGCCAGGACAACAAGCGCUACGCCAACUGCAGCCUGAUCGUGGCCGCGAGAUACUGCCAGCACAAGUACUACGCCAAAUUCUGCUGCAAGUCUUGCACGGAGGCGGGUCAGUUGGCGGCUCGGCCGAGCAUAGCCCCGUACUCCGAGGAGCAUCAGCAGCGCGUCAAACGAUCGCUAUUCUCGUUCUUUUAAGCACGACGAUGAUGAUGACCAACAACCAAGCAACCGAUCGACACACCGACGAGCGCGCGGAUAAUGUAAAGGGUCCGCGAGCAAAUUGAUUUUCCCCAAAAAGCUGCGCAGACUUCAAUUAAUAAGUGACUACUACCAUAUCGAUAUAUAGAAUGCAUCGAACGUUGCUAUAGCUGCGGAAAAUUAAAUUAGCGCACUGCCAAAGCCUUAGGUCGUCUAUAUGUAGAUUUAUUUAAGAUUAAGUUGAUGUGGACGAUGUGGGGGAUAAAAAGCAUUGUAUGAAGAACCAAAAUUUCGUAUAAGAAACAUUUUUCUGACAAAUAAUUUUUAAUGUACAAAAUAUAUCUUUAACGUGCUAACGAUGCCAUGUUAGAUUCUAUGUAUGGACUGAUCUAAUGCUAUAACUUCCUAGUCUAACGAACUCUGCCCUCAUACGGGUUCAUCGGACUGCAACGGAUUUACUUUUGCCAAAAGUUUGUACGAUUUUUCAUCUUACCGUAAUUCUUUUUUCGCUCAAAAUUACAUUAUUGUGGCAAAAUUUUAAAAUAUUUAUGAUGGAUUAAAGCGUGAAAACUUCCAAAUCAUUUUCCCGAUGGAAAAUAAUAACAUUAUCAUUGCCACGAAAUUCAAUGAAGCUUCUGUACAUUUGUUAUAAUUAAGUUUGAAUCUUUUAAUGAAAUUAUCAAAUCGCUUGCGAUGGAAAAUCAUAUCUACUGAACUUUUUUUAACUGACUUGAAAAAAAAAAUUAGUGGUUGAACCACUUCAGUCUACAAUCGAAAUUUUAUAGAGUGUUUAGCAACAAAGGCAGAUUUUCACGAUCAAUAAAUAGUUUAAAUAACCAAGUAUCGAAAGUUUGAACACUUUUACAGUUCAGCCAUUACCGAUUUUGAUAAUUUGCUUAUUCAAAAUAUUUUAUCAUUAAAAUUUACGAUAACGUUAAGCUUAUGAAUUUUUGUACGACUAUGUUAUAUUGUGAAGUAUUUAAUAGUUUUUAUUAUGUAACAACAGCGCCUAUUUUUGCUAUCUUGUCAGAUUACUAACUGCAAUGUAAUUGUAAUGUUAUAUUUCAAUAUAAAAAAAAUGAAUACUCUAUGUAAGAUGUUAUUAGUAAUACAAAAAGAUCGUAAUUUAUUCCAAACAA